GAAGAGGAAGGCCUGCAGGCAUUGGUCAACCUGCUACCCCCUAAAUUAGACCCCUCCUUUGUAAAAAUGAGGCCUGCUAUGUCCUUACAAGUAACAGCUUUCAGGGGUGCAGCACAAAACACAAGCAUUUCAGAGGCUAAUUUAAAGAAAAUGAAAGCUAAGCCCCUAAAGGCAAGGACUUUGUUUUUAACUGUCCUUAAUGGUGAUGUCUGAAAUGGAAUGUGGCCUUCUUAGAAAUGGGUCUUACAGAGCUAAGCGACAAAGAUCCCAUUUGGAGAAAAGUAUUUUUAAGCUAAAUUUUGUUUUUGGAAACGUAAUUUCUUGAGCAGCAGGCAGGUUACUGGUGUAGGUCUGCCUGGUGGAAGUCUGGCGCUUUGAACCUUGUGUCUUAGUAUUUGGGGUUGAGCAGUGAUUAGUCAAGGAAACUACUUGUGGUAGCAAUUCACCAACAACUCACCUAUGAAUAUUUAUAAGCUUUCCAUUCCUUAGGUAAUUAAAAACAUUUUUUUUGUAAGCCUAUUAACUGUCUACUGCUCCUAAAAUGGACAGAAGUAGGAAAACGGCUGUUUCCCUCAUUAUCUGUACCUCAUGAACCUUGGUAUGGGAAAGCCCUGGUGAGUCUCUUCUGACCAGUCCCCAGUCUGCUUGGCCAAGCACUUGAGGUUCGAAGGGGACAACACACGGGCCACAAUGCUGCUGGGCUGUACUCAUUUGCUAAGAUGAGAGCUCUCCAAAGAAGCCCCAGUUCCCACUGCAUUCCAUCUCAGUGAGCUGCUCUGGACAGCCCCCUUCCCAGACAGGGGAGUCAACGAAUAAGCUGGCCUAGAGUGUGCCCGUUUCCUCCAUGCUCAUUCUGCUCAGGCCCAGCCACCUGCUCGGGUUAGUGUCGUCCUCACUUUCUGGAUGGUUUACAGAAGAAAAAAUGGAGCUCUUCUAACUCUGAGAGGACCAAAGAGGGAAAGGAAAGGAGAGGGAGGGGCCAGAGUGGGAUUCCUAAGGUCUUAGUUUUUUUGGAGAAGCUCAAAGGAAUUGGAAUAUGGAAACUUUUAGAAGGAGAGAGAAACUGGCUAAGGGCUCCCAGUUUUCCAACCUUGAAGUAUUUUACAAUUAAAGCAAAGGGAAGAUUUGUGGAUCUGGAAUAUGCAAGGAGCCGAAGAGAGAGAGAUUGGAAGAGAGAUUUGUCCAGGUUGGAUGAACAAGCCUGCUCCAAAGCAGAAUGUCUCUGAAAUUGAUUCACCAGGGACAGUAGGAAAGAGACUCCAAGAGGAUGAAUCCCAGGACUCUACUUGUGAAGAAAAAUAUGCAUGUGAGAACAUGAAGGAAAACUCUCCCGGAGAGGUUCCUAGUCCAUGCUUUUUCCAGGAAGGAGGUUUUGGGGGAGUAACUUUCAUCCACAAGGAAGCACCUCCUGAAAUGAUUAGCCAAGAAUAUAAUUUUGAGAAAAGGUUGCUUUUGACCUCAAGCCUUGUUACUCAUAUCAGGGUUUCUACAGAAGAGAGUCUACAUCAGUGGGAGACAAGUAGCAUAAACACCAAUGAGGUUUCAGACCAAAGUAAAUGUUCAACCCUCUCCACACGGAAAAAGUCUUGGAAAUGUAACGAAUGUGGAAAAAUGUUUACUCAGAGCUCAUCCCUUAUCCAACAUCAGAGAACUCAUACUGGAGAGAGACCCUAUACAUGUGAAGAAUGUGGGAAAGCCUUCAGUCGUAGUUCAUUCCUUGUUCAGCAUCAAAGAAUUCACACUGGAGUGAAACCAUACAGAUGUGAGCAAUGUGGGAAAACAUUUCGAUGUCGAUCAUUUCUUACUCAGCAUCAGAGAAUCCACACUGGAGAGAAACCUUAUAAAUGUAGUGAAUGUGGGAAUUCCUUCCGCAAUCAUUCACACCUCACUGAACAUCAGAGAAUUCACACUGGAGAGAAACCUUAUAAAUGUAAUAGGUGUGAGAAGGCAUUCAAUCAGAACACACACCUGAUUCAUCAUCAGAGAAUUCACACUGGUGAGAAACCUUAUUUAUGCAAUGAAUGUGGCUCUUCUUUUCGCAAACAUUCAAAUCUUACACAGCAUCAGAGAAUUCACACAGGGGAAAAACCCCAUAAAUGUGAUGAAUGUGGGAAAACUUUCCAAACAAAGGCAAACCUCUCUCAGCAUAAGAGAAUUCAUACUGGAGAGAAACCCUAUAAAUGUAAGGAAUGUGGCAAAGCUUUUUGUCAGAGUCCAUCCCUUAUUAAACACCUGCGAAUUCAUACCGGAGAGAAACCAUAUAAAUGUAAGGAAUGUGGCAAAGCUUUUACUCAGAGUACUCCACUCACUAAACAUCAGAGAAUUCACACAGGGGAGAGACCCUACAAAUGCAAUGAAUGUGGUAAAGCCUUCAUUCAGAGCAUUUGCCUUAUUCGGCAUCAGAGAAGUCACACGGGAGAAAAACCAUAUAAAUGCAAUGAAUGUGGGAAGGGCUUCAAUCAGAAUACCUGUCUUACUCAGCAUAUGAGAAUUCAUACUGGAGAGAAGCCCUAUAAAUGUAAAGAAUGUGGGAAAGCCUUUGCUCAUAGCUCAUCUCUUACUGAACAUCAUAGAACGCACACUGGUGAGAAGCUUUAUAAGUGUAGUGAAUGUGAAAAAACCUUCCGCAAGUAUGCACAUCUUAGUGAACAUUAUAGGAUUCAUACUGGUGAGAAGCCUUAUGAAUGCAUUGAAUGUGGAAAAUUCUUCAGACAUAGUUCAGUCCUUUUCAGACAUCAGAAACUUCACAGUGGUGUCUGAACCUGGCAUUCAUUAGGUUAUGGCAAUUUCUCAAGAAAUAGUGGCUAGGAAUCUGGCUGAGGAGAGAGGGGCAGGUAGAGUUCCUGGAGGGAAGGAUGAAGGAGCCUUAAAUACUGCACUCAGAAGAGUAUUUCCAGAGAUAUAUGUGAGGGCUUGGAGAAUGCAGAACCUACUCCAGGUGGGCCUCUGAGAGAACUGGGUAGAAGGGAAGUUCCUGCUUUUGAGAUAAAUUCUUGCUACCUGUCAUUCCUCUCUCCUUAUGUGACUUGUACCUUGAGGUACCACUUGUUAAGUUAGUACUUGUGUUUCCUUAUUAUACUCCUGCCCUACCUUCCCAAAUUGUCAUGUACAUUCAUUGACCAGUUGGCUGAGGUGCUUUUGCAAACACUCAUUGUGAAAGUGACAGCAGUUGUGAGGUAGUGGUAAAUAGCCUUCAGAUGUCUGAGGCAGCUCUAACCAUGGUCUUGCAGGGGAGAGUACUCAACUUGUGGAAGUGCUCCCAUAAAAGGGAGACAGAAACAAGUGAGAGAUAAUCCAUAUUUAUUUAAUAAUAAGGAAAUAUUUGGCAAGAACUGGGCUGACCUCUACAUAUAUCUUGGCAAAGAAAACUUCUGUCAGGAUGAGGGAGAUCUUUCCUGAUCCUUUUAAGCUGUACAAAGAAAGAUGAGGACAAGAGACAAUUUUCUUGAAUGAUGCCAGUUUAUGGGAAGGGAGUUGUAUUUGCUUAGAAGGCUAUGGAAAGGAAUGCCCAACCUCUGUCCCAGAGGAAUUGUGGUGUUCCUGUGAUGGAAAUGGCCUGUGCUUUACUGGUGGUCAUAAGAGGCCAUAGAGCAGGAACCCUGCAUGUGACUGAGCAAACCAUCAGUAUACCCCUGCCCUGGACUGAGGUGUAUACCUGUCUCUUGUAAAUUUGGUUGGGUCACUGGUUUACAGGGACUAGGGGAGAGGAACCCAUUAAGAUUAAGUAUCCAAACAAAAGGGGACUCUUAUUAUUUGCCUUUAGGGAGGAGAAAGCAUUAGUGAAGAAGGAAGACAGCCUUUUAGAUUGACUGAAGUUGGGGGCUGCUGCACCAGACCUUAUGAGAUUAUUGAUCACUGUAGCCAGGAGGGCUAGGUUUUAUGUAACUGGUGGUGGUAACAGAUUUGUUGGAUCUCAGGUGUUUCUCUUUUUAUUGGGCCUAUCUUAUUCCUGCAUAUUUGCCCUUAUCUGCAGAAUAGGAGUAUCUAGGGAGACACUUCUCAUUUGCUGAAUUUGGAAAGUGUUCUAGAGAGGAUUACCUGUUUUUCAAAUCCCUGAAAAUAAAGAGAUCAUGGGUUGCCACUGACUGAUGGUAUUUUAUUCUGAGAGAAAGGGCAUGUUUUACUCUUUCCUCCCUUUCAUGUUCUUAACUGCUACCCAGAGAUUCAGGUCUGAAAGAUUGAGGAUAGCCUUUGACAGGAAUUCAUUUCUAUGCUCUGAAGCUUAAUACAGUUUUUAAAAUAUGGCCACUAAAAAUGGAAGGAAAGCUGAUUCUGCAAUGGUUGAUUAUUUGGAACUCAGCAUUGACUUUUUUCAGGAGCAGCUGUCUUGUAAGCCUUGCUUUGAGCCAUUAAUUACCAUUAAUGGGAAUGUGAAAGAAAUACACUUUUCUCUCUUCAGUUGUGAAGAUAUGUUCUUAAAACCUGGCACAGGGCAAUUUAUAACUGAGUAAAUGAAUUCCUUAUGGGCAAAAACCCCUAUUUAAACUAUAUUUUAUGCUCAUAAAAACAGUUUGUAGAAAGCAAAUGUCAAUGUAUUUAUACUUUGCAAAUGAAGAGUUCAUAGCUGGCACAUAGUAAAUGUCCAAUAAAUAUUUGUUAGAUUAGUGUACUUCAGUCAAUCCUUGCCCACCAGAAACUUUAGGAAAUUCCUGAUGUAUAAGUAUUUAGCAUAAUAUUUAUACACCUACAUUUGGAGUCUUGACUGGAGCUUAGAAAGGAUAAAGAGUUUUCUUGAGGAUGAAAUGGUAAAACAAGGGUAGAAAAUGUCUUAAAUACUUGCUGGAGAGAUUUUCUAAAAUGGAAUGGGCACAACUCUUCAGUUUUUAAUCCUCAGGAUUUGAGAGUCUGGUACCAUUUUCACUUCCUGGUGGAACAGGAAGGAAAGAAACACCAUCUUUCCACUGUCUUCAUUCCAUAUUCUCAUACUUGCAAAUAUUUGUUCCUAAUUUUCUCUCAGUUGCCAGCCCACUAUAUGGACAGCCACUGCAGCUUGACCCCAAACUUAGGAAUUACCCUCUUCCACAAUCUUUCCUGUUCUUGAGUCUUCAUAUCCAAUCAAUCACUGUAUCCUGUUGACAUCUCCUAAAUCUGGAAGCCAUCUUCACUGCUAUUACUUUAGUCUAGCUCCCCAGUUUAUUUCCUAAACUGUUUUUCUAUUUUCCUGGUCUGUAAGUUUCUUGUCCCACUAGGCCAUCAUUUCUUACGGAUGGUCUUUGUCGAACAGCUGUGGAAACCCUGUUCUCUCUCAGAAUAAAGUUGCACCCCCUUUCAGAGGCCCCUUAUCUGGCCCAUGCCUAAAUCGCCAUUCUCAGCUCUAUUCUGCCCCAUAGUGCAUAUUCCUGUGAUUCUACAUCACCACUGGACUCUACUUUGGAACUUUUGCACACGCUGUUCCUAUUGCCUCAAAAGCCUUCCCUGCUCUGCUUGUCUGAAAAGCUCCCGUUUGUCAGUUACGAAUGGGCUCAGGCAACAUCUCCUUAAGCUGUCUCUGACUUCACCUAUUUUUAAUUAUUUCUGUAUUUUAUAUCAUUUUAUUUUCAUGUUACAUACACUGUAAUAGCUUGUUUACAAAUAUUUCUGUUCCCACUAAACUGUCAGCUCCUUGAGGCCAGGGGCCAUGUGGUAUUUAUUCAUCUUUGACCUUAACUAAAAUAUUGAGUCAGACAUUUCUCCAUGCCAACAUGUGACGUAGGCCCAUGGUUAUCAGUAGAAAGAAGGUAUGGUGAGUACAUGAGUGUGUCCAUGAGUUUUUUGCAAGGAUCAAUAAUUCUGCAUCUUUCUCCAAGAUACAGAGUGUAUGGUUGUAUUAAGCAGAGGACCCCAUAAGAAGAAAUAUUUUGUAACAAAAUUUGUGUUUUGCUACAAAUUAGGCAUUUAAAUAUCCUACCACAAUUUAACAAAAUUCUUUCAGAUAUGUUGAUGUCAGGGUCAUAGGAAGAGGGAAAUGAAUGUCAAUGUAGAAGCAUAGGUAUGUCAACUGGAAUAUCCAUGAAGCAAGCAGGAGCUGCACAGUGAUGCUGGCCUGGCAGAAAAGCAGUUGAGCUUAGUGUUCCUAACAUGGGAGCGCUUCCUGAGCUCAUGGCUUUCCCUAGCCUCUGGUAUGAUAAAGAACUGGAACAUCAUUGCUUAUUCACAGUGUGUUGAAAUCUUCAGAAGGAGAUGAGGCCUCAUCAGAUCCUCAAAACAGGGAAAACAGGUGGUUGGACUUCCAAAGUCACACAGUGUUAAGUGAAAUUGAAACUCUGGUGUUUUCCUUCAGAUUUCUCUAUUGGUUGUACCUCUGCUCCACAAUGUCUUAUUACUUGUGUCUAUUAUAAGACAAAAGUAUGUUGAUCACUUAAGGCUCCAACUUUGCCCUAUUCCUGAGGAUAGGGGGAGCUCACUUUAGAUCAAGAACCUUUUUGGACCUCAGAAUCAGACUAUCCUGCAUGUAAGUGAGGGUUAGAAAUAAAUUGACUUUGAAUUAUGA